AUGGUGAAGCGCCACCUCCUCGACGACCUCUCCAAGGACUUGCCACCGCAUUUUCUCGCCGCGCCACCGCUCAGCGACGACGAGAGCGAGUACCUUCAGAAGCUUGCGCACCAGUCGUUCCAGUCGUUCCUCAAGUCGACGCUCGACGUGCACCCGAUCGAAGUGCCAGGUUGGAAGUCCAAGGGGUGCCACGAAGGCGUCGACAUCUUCCAGGGCCCGCGCUACACGCCGGCGUCCAACAUUCGCCCGUACCGCUUCAUUACAUCGAUGGAGGGCACCCUCGAGGAAGUCGAAGCCGUUCUCUCCAACGUCUCGGACGACCAGAUCCAGAACGCCCUCGAACACUACUUGGAAGGGAUUUUGGACAUGACCAUCUUGCACCAUGUGAGCUCACCGUUAUCGCUCGACGAGUCGUCGACAAGUGAGCGCAGCGACGUGAGCGAAGCCCCGAACGAACACAUUCUUGUGCGUUGGUUUGCGACGCAGUGCCCGCGGCCGCUGCACAAUCGCGAUUUUUGCGUCCUCGAGAUGAACCGCAAGUGGACACUGCCGUCGGGCAAGCGCGUCUGGGCGGCGUCCCAGCACUCGAUUCGCCUCCCGACGUGCCCGGACUUCAAGCCGAGCCUCAAGUUUGUGCGUGCGUCCGUCUUCAACUCGGGGGUGCUCUACAUCGAGUCGGACGAACCCGGGCGACUGGACAUGCACAUGCGCCUCGAACUCGACUUUAAGGGCCCGACGCCGCAGUGGUUUUUCAAAAUGAUGAUGAAGCGCCGGGCCGCGAGCUUUGGUCGCGUCGGCAGCUACAUUGAAAAGUACCGCGUCCUUCAGCAGCUUUCGGCGAGCUCGGGGCGGGACCGCGCUGCAGUGAAAAUGAUCCCGCUCAAGAAGCGCAAGCACUGCCAGCUGUGCACGCAAAAGUUCAGCCCGCUGCGAUGGAAAGUCAACUGUUCGAGCUGCGGUGAAGUGUUUUGCUACAAGUGCACCGAGCACCAGCGCGUGCCGGGCCGGCCACGGGAUAUGGAGCAAGUGUGCUUUGCCUGCGCCCGCCCCAAGAGCUGCAAACCGGCACGCCCGUCGUCCUCGGUACGACAUUGCCGCUCGCCCAUCUGGAGCUCGCCAACGCGCCACAGCACGUGUGUGUACCGACCGGCCGCGGCCGCCGAUGUGCUCUGCGCAACGCUGUCGGUCGGCUGGGAAGAAGCGGACGGAGCCUCGGUGGAGCCCGAGUCGUACAUCCAAGGCGCGUCCGACAUGAGUGAAGACUCGUGGUACGACAACGACCUCAACGACUCGACGGGCUUUCAGCGCCGGGACGAAGGCGAUGACAUCGACUUGGCCGAUUUUCAGCUCAAUUUGCAAUUCCGCCCGUCGUCCGAGCGGCGGGUGUAA